AUGAGAAGAAGAAGGAGGGAGGAGGAGGGCAAGGAGGGGAGGGGGGGAAGAGGGAGGGAAGGAGGGGAGAGGAGAAAGAGAGGGGGAGGGACAGGGAAGAAAGAGAAAAGAAGAGGGAGAGGGGGGAGGGGAACAGGAGCAAGGAGGGAGAGCGGGGAAGGACAAAGGGGGAGAGGAAAAAAAAGAGAAAGAGAGAGCAAGAGGAGAAAGGGGGGGGAGAAGGAAGGAAAAGAGGAGAGAGAAGAGAGCGAGGAAAAGAGAAAGAGGAGGAGGGGAGGAGAAGGGGGAGAGAAGAGGAGAAGAGGGGGAGGCGAGAAAGAGUGCAGAGAAGCGGGAGGGAGGAGAGGGGGGAAAAAGGAGAGGGGGGGGGGGGAGGAGGGGGAGGUGAGGAGGAGAGGGGGGGUGAAGAAAAGAAGAGGGGGAGGGAAGGAGAGUGGGGAGAAAGGAGAGAGAGGAGGGGGAAAGGAUUAA